GUAAUGAAACAGUUCCGUGCGGGCGAGUUCAACGUGCUGAUAGCGACCAGCGUGGCCGAGGAAGGCCUGGACAUUGGUGACGUCGACCUGAUCGUGUCGAUGGAGACGCACCGCUCGCCCAUCAAACUGGUGCAGCGAUUCGGACGCACCGGGCGUAAGCGCAGUGGACGCUGCGUCGUGCUGCUCACCAGUGGCGUCGAAGUGCGGAAAUUCAACGAAGUUAUGUCUACUCAAAAAAACUACUCAUCUAUAAUUUCUGCACCAGGAGUCAGAGCUUCUCUGGAAGAAAAUAGUCCAAGGAUGGUACCACAAAACUGCAACCCAAAACUUCAACUACUCCACAUCAAAGUUCAGAAACUGGACAAACGUAAGCAGUGUGACAUACGCAACGUAUUCGGCAAGCUAGAUACGUCGCGAACGUAUCCGUCCACGUCUGCGGCUGCGGCUGCGUCUACGUCUGCGGCUGCAGCUCCUCAUGUGCCGGCGUCUGCGUUUUUGACGGACGCAGAGCUGGCCCAAGUACGCGACGAAUUGGGAUCAUAUUUUCCAAAUUUCGAUCGGUUGCCUGCCAGCUGUGAACUGUGGCCUAGGCAGAAAGGGCCACGACUUGAGAUAGAAGAAUUCGCCAGUGAUAAGUUCAGCAGAUACUCAGACUGGUUGGAUUGGAACAGCGAUCUGCAACAAACACAUGUUGUGGGCCACUCGAGAGACACCAACAUGCUUGUACAUCUACUGCAAAAGGCAACUGAAAUCAGGGAGAGAACUGACAGAAGUGAUGAACCUGUUGUACACGAUCCAAUUUCUUCUCCACCAGCUUCGUUGUGGUCAACAGUCGGCGGUGCGAAUCAGAAUCAAAGGAGAAAGAACGAAGGUGUAAAGAAGACUACAAAAACAAGCGCCAGAAAUCAGCCCAAAUCAAAGCACGGACUGGAUAUUCGCGAGUGUAUGGCAAAAGUUGCUCCCAAACUCGGUUUAUAUCACAGGAUUCAACAAUCGAUUAUGUUUCCAACCGAAAAAAUACGUCUAACCUCAAAAAUGUUCAAACAGUCGACGAGGAAAAUGAUGUGAUAUUUAUCAACGAUGACGUAGAUAGAAUUCUGGAUGAUGUCCUGAAAGAUUUCCCGAAUAUUUUGGGAAGACCCUCGUACUGUGCGUUGAGUAGAAAUCGGGUUAUUCGUUCAGUUGCGAUGAAAUGUUUCAGUUCGCCGGUGAAGUGUGAGAUGGAUUUUAAAGUUGUUCCCAACAUUUGUAAGCUGCUCGAAGGUAUUACAAUUGAUGACGUGAAAAAUUUGGACCUGAGUAAUCUCCCUAGUUUAAAAUCCUCAUCGUUGAAAAAUGAUUUGCCUAUAGUUGAUGGUGUUGACAGUUGGAAUGAAGUGAUUGAUUUCCAUCAAGAUAGAAUAGAAGUAGUUGAUAAACUCGGUGGAUCUUCGUUGAAUAAACAGGUUGAUUUUAGAAACGCUAAACUAGUUGAUAACCUUGGUAGAUCUUCGAUGAUCAAACCAGUUGACAUGAAAAACGCAGAAUCCAAUAUUGAUUUAGAAGAUGAAGACACCUGUAUGAGUUCUGAAUCAUUCAUUAUUGGACUGGAUGACAUCAUGAAAACUUACAACCCUGUUGAAACUGACACUCCGUUGAAAGAUUCAACCAAGCACAACCAUCAACUUACAUCAUUUAAUGCUGAAAUUGUUGAUUUGAUUACUCCUGUGAAAGAAACUGAAAACUCAAGAAUGAGUUUUGAAGAGAAAGACUGGUCUCCCAUUUUGAGUCAACGAUCGAAAUCUAAGGUAGUUAAAACUGAGGAGUCAAAUAGUUUCUCGAACGUGAAUUGGGAAAAUAAGAAUGGAGGAGGGUUUCAGGUUGACGAAACUGAACUUUCCCCCAUUCUAAGUCAAAGACCAAUGAAAAAGAAAUCGAAAUGUGUAGAUGGAAACAAUUCUGUGAAAGGAAAUUUUUGUAGGGGUGAUGAAACGGAGGAGGUUAGUGGAUUGGGAGAGAUGAAUCUCUCUCCCAUUUUGAGCCAGAGGCUACAAAAGAAAAAUUCGAAACAUGUACAGGGUAAUAUUUCCAAUCAAUUUAUGAAGGAUAAUUUUGGUAAAGAUGAAGUUUCCAAGUUUGAAGGUGUAAAUAUUUCUCCAGAUCUAAGUCAAAGACCAAAGAAAAUAUCAAAAGUAACGGAAACAGUUCGGAAUGAUAAUAAUGGCGUGGAAAAUUUUCAAUUCGAUGGAAAUGAACUCUCCCCUAUUCUAAGUCAGAGACCACCAAAGAAUAAAUCAAAAGGCCUGGAAGGAAAUACUCUCAAUAAAGUUACAGAAGGGAAUUCUGGUAUACAUAAAGAGGGUUUCAAUCUUUUAUCAAAUUUCACUAAAAUCCGAAAUAAAGUUGAGGAAGAUGCCAAAGAAGGUUUCAAGAGAAAACUUAAUGUUGAAAGUAUCGCCCCGCCGUCAAAACUCUUGAAAAACAUGGAAAAAGGUUCGGAAAAAAUUUUGAUGAUCACCAAGAUUUUGAUACAGCUUUCAUGGAUGAAUUUGAUGAAGACAUGCUCGCACAGUUGUCACCCAUAUUAUCGUCCAAGACAUUCAAGAAACCCGAGGAUAGAAAAGUGAUCGGAGAUAAUAAAAAUGGUGUAGUUGAAAUCGAAUUAUCGCCAAUACUGUCUCAAUCUAGGAAAAAAUCUUCGAAAACCUCUGGUAUCAAAGUUGGAGGGUACAGUGGAGUUCCAAAGUCCAGUUCCACACCUAAAUGUGUCAAAAAGGAUUUGUUUCAAGAUCGGUUUCGAAGCUUGUCGAAACCCAACCAUCGGUUAUCGUCUGUUGAAGAAGUUGGGGUUUGUAGUAAGGGAGAUAAAUUUGAAGAAAACCUUGAAGAUUUAGAAGAUUUUGAAGGAAUCGUGGGUCUCGACGAAAUCCUAGCUCAGUCCAAAUGCGAUGAAGUUUCAGCAAAGUCCAAUGUUGUUGAAAAUCAGGAAGAUAUAGAUGAUGACUUUGAAGGAAUUGUGGGACUUGAUGAAAUUCUCGCACAAUCCAAGUUCGAUGAAGAGAACGAUGCAACAGUUGUUGCAGAUCCUGAACGAAGCCCCUCCCCGAAAACUUUGUCAUAUUAUUAUACAGGUGACAAUUUGUAUAAUGUAUCCCAGUUGGUUGAAAUCGCUAUGAGAUUAAGAGCUCAAGGCAAGGAGAUGAACAAGAAAAAUAUUGCUGAAGUGAGACGAACGUAUGACAUAGAGAUUGGACGAAAUGUUGAAAAAGGAAAACAAAAAACUGAUGGAAAAAGUGAAAAUAAUAUUGGGGAAGAAAACCAAAAUUCUGACGAGUUUAUUUUGAAUAGUAGUGAUGAUGACCUGUUCGAUUGUGCAGAUUCUAAAAUUGAUUUGAAUUAUGAGGCAAUGAAGUAUCCGGGAAGUGUAAAACACGAAAAUGUACCAAUAAUUAAUUGUGAACAAUCAUUAAAUCAGUUGAUGAAUGAUUCUAAACAAUCAGUAAAUGGGUACAAUCAAUCAGUAAAUGAUUCUAAACCAUCAGAAGAUAAGUCAAAUCAAUCAGUUAAUGUUCCUAAUUCAUCAGUAAAUGAAUCGAAUCAGAGAGUAAAUGAUUCUAUGAAAUCUAUACCCGACAAUAAUAGUAAACCAACAACCUCGAAAAAUUACACCAAUGAAAAUAAUCUAGAAAUAUCUCAAGAAGCUCUAGAUAACGACGAGGAUUACUUCGAAAUAACUGGUUUGGAUGAGCUCAUGCAAAAGUGUUCCGACAAUCCAGAAAAUUCUAAAUCAAAUCAAAUAGGUUCUAAACCACCUGCACAAUCUAAGGUAAGAUCUGAUCUGGAAAUUGAUUCUGAGGAAGACGAAUUGCUUAAAAACUGUGUGGAUGAUGCUCUUAUGAACAGUUUCGAAAACAUUGAGGCACAGGCAGUUAGUACGAAACCAGCUGUACAAACUGAAAAUUCGAACACAUUGAAGUAUGAAAGUGAGAGUUGUCAAUCGAAAUAUUUCAGUGGAGGAUUAACUAGUAAAGCAAAAUUGAUAAAUUAUAAAACAGCUUCUAAAAUUGAUAAUAAUACUGAAGUAGGAAAUAUAAAACUCCAAUCCGAAAAUAGUAAAUCAAAUAAGGAAGGAAUACUCAAACAAGUAACUAAAUCUGACCCGUCUAAUACAGUAAAUCAUAGAUCAACUUCAGAAACUUUUGCUAAUACUGUAGUAUCCAGUAAACUCAAACCCGAAAAUGGAAAAUUGAAUAAAAAAGAAGCUGCUACACAAAUAACUAACCCUCCUAAUAAACCCCUGUGCUCGACACAGUUCAAAUCAGAUUAUCUCAGUAAUGAGGAGUUGGAAGAACUUUUGAAGUCAGGUAUGUUCUCAGAUUCACCUGUAGAAGUAUCGGCUGCUAAACCUGAAACCUCCAUUGAUGUUUUAGAUUUGACCGAAAACGACCCGGAUAUUAUAGACAAUUCCAACGAACUCCAUAUGGAGAGUCCGUUGAUAUUAUCUUACGGCAACAGAAGUGCCAAGGUUGCUGGAAGUAUCACUAGAAACAAAUCAAAGAACGAUAACAGUCUACAGAAUUCGACAAAGUUUUCUCUACUCAGUAAAAGUAAGUCGAAAGGUGGGUUAAGUUUGGGCAAAGGUACACAAUCGAAGCUAAAUUUUGCAUCUGGUAGUAAGGAGAAAGAGUUGAAGGAGUUUUCAGGUGGAAAAAGAACUGAUAUUGGAUCGAGAAAUUAUGAAAAAGAUGAGAUUUUGAGUUUGGGAACACCUGUUGUGAAAUUGACCAGACUUGAAAGCAUGGGGACAACUGUAAGCACAUCAGGUGAAAAAAUCAGUGGAGAAUUUUCAUUUGUGGAUGAAACAAUGAAAGAAAAUUUGAAGAAGCAACAGAGCAGCUGCAGUUGGGGACUACCUGAUUUGAAAGAAACUAGACAUUCUUCAAAAGACAAUAACAAAUUAAUGAUUGGAAAUUCAGGGAAAAUUUCAAGUGUUGUAUCUCCAGUUGUGAAGUGUAUUAGGCUAGAUAACAUGGACACUGAUCUCAAGAAGUCGGAUGAUGGCUUUAGUUGGGGAUCUUCAGAUACUGUGAAAAUUUCUGCCCAAAAAAUAAAGCAUGAUUUAAGUUUUAGUUCUCAGUCUUCAGAAAGGAGGCCUACCGUAAAUGAAUUUGGACAAAAAAUAAAACAUGAUACAAGUUGUAGAUCUUUAGAUACUGUGAAAAUUUCGGGAAACGAAGCGAAACAUAAUGAAUUAGAUGGCCAGACUUGUUUAGGGGUUGAAAAAGAUGGGAAAACUAGAAGUUUGGAGGAUAGUUUCAGCUGGGAGACACGGGAGACAAGAGGGUGCGGAGGUGAAAAUGUUGAUGAAAAAUCGUGUGAAAAGAAAUCUAGUGUGAUAGAAAUAAGUGAUGAUUCGUUCUAUCCUGGUGAGAGACAUCGUCAACAAAGGAAACCUCUAGUAAUUUCUUCAGGUUCCGAUCAAGAAAAGGAGGAUAUCUUCCCAACUAUUUCGACAGCCAAACAGAGUAAAUUUGGUGGGAAAAUUGACAGAUCGAGUACAAGUUCUGUGUCGAGGAAAUCGACUUCUUUCAAAGCGAGGAAAUCUUCAGACACUGAUGAUUCGUCUGAUAUUUUUAUCACAAGUGUCAAUAAACCGGCGGAUAAAUCGUUGAAUGACUCAGAGGCGGUUCCGUCUAGGCGCAAGGGUGGCAAAAAUAAAAAAGCGAAGAACAAAAAGCCGAAUGCGUUUAUUGAAAGUGAAGCAGACGUAUCGGGAGACGAAACAUCGAGUGGGAGAGAGACAAGCGGUCUGGACUCAAUGGACGAGAGUUUUGUAGAUGACCAGGUCAACAACGAUAACACCAUGAUGGUUGCACACUAUCUGCAAACUGUCAAAACCCCAAAAAAGGUGGCAGGAGGCUACAGAAUACCUGAACUAUCAGAAAGUGUAAUGGCCAGAGAUGUAUAUUCCCAAUAUGUACCUAUGGAGCAUGAAACAUACGUAAAUGAUUCGUUUUGUGUCGGAAAUGAGACAGGAACUAAUGAGAGUGAAAUGUCCGAACUGGAAUUAGCCGAAAAACUUUUGGCGAAACGUAAAAAGGACAGAAAACACAAAAAGAAGGCGAAAAGAAAGAGAAAGAAGAGUAGUUCGGAGAGUGUUGGAAGCUCAAGUCAAGAAUCUAGGAGAAAUGAGCAGAUUGAAGGAAAGAAGGAGGAGAAGAAGAAGAAAAAGAAACGACGUAUUGUGAUUCUAGAUGAUAGCAGUGACUGAUUUUUGUUGAAAAGUUUUAUUUCGAUCAAUUUAUUUUUGUUUGGAAAUUAUUUUCCUCUAAUUUUUAUGUGUGAGAUAUUUUACAGUGAUGUGCGUUUAUAAAACCGUGUACAGUAGAUUGCAUCAAAUACGGAAAUGUGAAUGAAAAUCGUCAAAAUAGUUUUUUAUGUGAUAUUUUUGUAUAUGUGAAAAUAAUGUUACCGUGAUAUAAAAUUGUUAGUUUAAAAUACUGUGAGUUAGUUUAAAUCAAGUGCUGUUUGAAUGUAGAUAAAACAAAAUAUAUGAAGAAGUAGAAGAAGACUUAGAAGAUAAUGAUGUGAUAAAUUAGAAGAAGACGACGAAGAAGAAGAUUAAUUAAUGAAGAAUAAGUAGAAGAACAAAAACGGGAAUGGGAUUCGUCUACAUUGUUCUCUUGAAGAUUGAAGAAAUGUUUCUCCACCUAUAACCUUGAAGGUACUUGUCAUUCUGUAUUUUGCUUCACAAUUCGAAAGUUAUUUUCAAAUAGUUGUAAUUUAAUUACAAAAUUAUUCACAUUUUUAUUCAAUUUUACAAAUUAAACAUGUCUAUCCAUUUCAUGUCUUGUUGUUACAUCGUAAACGCUUAUUUCAAUUUGUCAUUUUCUGUAUCUCUAUUGUUCGGGUUUGCAUUAUUUGCAUUUGCUUCUGUUAUACGAGUAAGUAUAUUAUUAUACCGA